UCCCGGUCCUGGUCCGGUCCUGGUCCGGUCCUGGUCCUUGUCCUGCUCCGGUCCUGGUCCUGGUCCGGUCCUGGUCCUGGUCCGGUCUGGUCCCGGUCCAACUCGGUGUCUCUGCAGGGAGCCGGGUCUGGACUCGCUGUGCCGCCAGCUGUGUGUGUGCAACGCGGUGCGAGACGCUCUGGACGGAGAGGUUCUGAGCGUCGGGUUCCAGCAGCUGCUGCUGAAGCCCGGGAAGCGGAUCGUGGACUUCCUGCUGGAGGUGUCCUCCCGCUCUCUGGACCGGGACCGGCCGUCAGCCAGGAGGAACGCCGCCGCCUUCCUGAGGACUCUGUGUGAGAACCUGGAGGACCGGGUUCUGGUUCUGACCGUCACGUCUCAUCCGCUCUUCCUGGAGCUGCUGAGGGACGACGACCGCAAGGUUCUGAUGGAGCAGACGAGGAAGAAGGGUGGAGUCAACCUGAGCGCCAAGCCGCUUCCGUCCUUCUACGACAUCCCAGCUUCGGCCAGUGUGAACAUCGGCCAGCUGGAGCAGCAGCUGAUCCGGGCCUUGGACCCACGCCGGAUCCGACAGAUCCUGAUCGAGCUCCACGGCCUGGCGGAGCGACCUUUCUGGAGGGUCAACGGAAAGUGGGAGGUUCCUCCGGAUUACAUCGGCACCGUCCUCGCCAUCAAAGACGGCCUGACCCGAGAUCUGGUCUACAUCCUGAUGGCCAAAGCUCUGCACUGCAUCUCCAUAAAGGACUUCGGCCCGGCCCGCCAGCUGUUCGCCGCCUGCCUGGAGCUCGUCACAGAGUUUUCUCCGAAGCUGCGGCAGGUGAUGCUCAACGAGACGCUGCUGCUGGACGUACGCGCUCACGAGGCCGCCGACGGCAGCCGGGAGCGGCCGCCGCCCGACCUGGUGAGCCGGGUCAGAGGUUACCUGGAGAUGAGGAUCCACGGUGAGUUGGUGCCACUGCAGGUUCUGGUUGUGGUCGGGUCCAGCUGUUUGUAAUGGUUCAGGAGAGGAA